AGUUCUUCGAUAGCCCCCAACCAGGAAGCGACCAGUGAAACGGGGUCCUCGGGUCGCCUACUCCGGCUGAACCAACUGCAAGAAAAAUCCAGACCUAAAGUCCAUCAGUCACCGAUACCCAAGGCCGCGCCGCGCCGCCGCCGCCGCCGCCGCCAUGUCGCAGCCGACGCAGUGCCCCUACUGCCGCGCCUCCGGCCCGGCGCGCUGCGUCACGACGCAGCCGCCGCUCUCCCGCGCCGUCUCCGAGUGCUCCUCCUGCGCCCGCCUCGUCCUCGAGCGCCACCUCCACACCCACCCCUUCUUCCCCCUCCUCCCCUCGCUCCACCCGCUCCCCCUCGUCACCCCCGACCUCGCCGACGCCGCGCCGUCGCCGUCCCCCUCGGCCGCCUCCGCCUCCGGCGACGACGACGACGACGACGACCCCUUCCUCCCGGCCGGCUUCGUCUCCGCCUUCUCGGCCUUCUCCCUCGAGCGCCACCCCGUCCUCGCCCGCUCCGCGUCCGCCUUCUCCGGCCAACUCGCCGAGCUCGAGCGCGCGCUCGCCGUCGAAUCCGCGGCCUCCUCCACUCCGGACCCCGCGGGGCCUAUGGUCUCCGUCGACAGCCUCCGCGCCUACGUCCAGAUCGUGGACGUCGCCUCCAUCCUGAGGCUGGACCGGGACAUAGCCGACCACGCCUUCGAGCUCUUCAAGGACUGCUCCUCCGCUACGUGCCUCAGGAACCGCAGCGUCGAGGCGCUUGCCACGGCCGCACUCGUGCAGGCCAUCCGCGAGGCGCAGGAGCCCAGGACCUUGCAGGAAAUCUCUACUGCUAGCAAUCUUCCCCAGAAAGAAAUUGGAAAAUACAUCAAAAUACUUGGUGAAUCACUGAAACUGAGCCAACCUCUUAACAGCAACUCAAUAGCAGUUCAUAUGCCUCGGUUUUGCAGCCUACUCCAGCUCAAUAAAUCUGCUCAGGAACUUGCAGCCCAUAUUGGUGAGGUUGUUGUUAAUAAAUGCUUCUGCACACGGAGGAAUCCCAUAAGCAUAUCAGCUGCAGCUAUCUAUCUUGCGUGUCAGCUUGAAGACAAGCGGAAAACUCAGGCAGAGAUCUGUAAGGUAACAGGCCUUACAGAGGUUACUCUGCGUAAAGUGUAUAAAGAACUGUUGGAGAAUUGGGAUGAUUUGCUACCCCCUAACUAUACACCAGCUACACCACCAGAGAAAGCUUUCCCAAUGACCACCAUUUAUUCAUCGCGCUCAUCGUCUGGUAAAGAUCUUUAUCAAGAUAAGCAGUUAGACAGUGCUAAGCUAAAGAGCUCAGAAGCUGCAGAGCCUGAUCACAUGGUCAUUGUAAAAGAGGAGGAAGACAAGAAAAUUGGUCCAUUUAGUCGACCGAGUGCAAAAACCGAGACCCAUGACUUGAAUCAAGCAAUUUGGACGCCAAAUGUCUCUUCAACACCAUUCUCUUCAUCACCGAAAUUGGAUCAUGACAAGACGGAAACAAGCGUCCGUGGGAUAAACCUUAACGAGGCAUCCUGCACAAUGGAUACUGACAGACCAGACAUGCCUGUGAAGUCACCCUUUGCUGAGAGGUGGCUAAAUGAAUCAAAGGUGAUCCCUUCUCCCAGUAGGCAGCCUGCACCAUGGCAGCUUAAGCAAGGAGCACCAUCAGCUGGGUCCUCGUAUCAUAGUAUGCCGUACGGCCUGGACCUUCUGUCACGUGGAAAAAGAAAUACUGGAGAUGGUGGUGAUAAGGAGGGGAGGUGAAUGUUGUGGCUGUACACGUAAAUUCACUAGUGACAAUGAUGGAAAAUGUAAGGGGAACUGCUCUGUGAAUAUAGAUGUUUCCUAGUUAAAUUUGGCUCCUCUUGCCAUCCUGGUGUAUCAGUAUCAUGUCAUGUUGAGGUCUGCAAAAAUUCUAGUUCAGACUGUGCUUGUGCUCAAAUUCUCACUAGUUCCAAAAUCAAUUAGCAUGUGCGUUGAUAUUGCUUCCA